GCCGCACCAAUUCGGCGGGCGGAGUCUCCCCUAGCGGCCUUACGCUCCUGCCGGGUGGGUCCUGUGGCAGUCGGCUUACCGGCGCGGGUGACUGAGCAGGGCGGUGGAAAGGGUUUUGCAGAGCGGUUGAGGCUGGGGAGGCUUGAAGAGGAUGGGUUUUCGUUCAAACAGAGCUUCAUUGUUCGUUCCUAUGAGGUGGGGAUUAAUAAGAGGGCAACCGUUAAAACCAUCGCCAAUCUCCUCCAGGAAGUUGGUUGCAAUCAUUUACGGAGUGUUGGGUUUUCUACCGAUGGUUUUGCCACAACCACCAUCAUGAGAGAACUUCGUCUUAUAUGGGUCACUUCUCGUUUGCACAUUGAAAUAUACGAGUAUCCUAAAUGGGGUGAUGUUGUUGAGAUUGAAACUUGGUUCCAAGGAGUAAGAAGAGUUGGCAAUAGGCGUGAUUGGAUUCUCAAAGAUUUGGCUACUGGUUUGGUUAUUGGCAGAGCUACAAGGUACCUCACCCAAUAAAUCUAACAUUUUGUGACCUUUUUAUACUUCAGUCAUAUCUUGAGUUUACAAACAGUGAGAUAAUUGGUCAAAUUAAACAAUUUUGGGCAUGGAUUUAUU